CACAGUAUGGUUUAGUCCUUGUGCUGUUGCUGUAAAAUUAUUUUUUCUUCUAAUAUUUUUUAUCUUAAUACACAUAUAUAGGCCUAUAUAUUAUUUAUUAUUUAUAUGUUUAAUAUUAAAUAACACAGUUAACACAGCUUAAGGUGUUUUAAUAAUAAUUUUUACACAGUAAUUGAUGUCUAUUAGAAGUUAAUCUGUUGUUGCAAUUAUAUCUCAGCUUCCUUUUAUAUAAAAAUAUGCACCAUUAACAUAAUACCAGUAAAUGUAAAAGAAGAGUUACAGUAACCUCACUGCAGAAUCAGAGCAUGUGCGUCACUCAGAGAUAUGAAGAGGCUUAUAACUGUUAUAAAAACGCUCUCUUGCCCUCACUGAAAGCGUGCCAGCAGCUGCCGGGAAGCAGUUGAGAUUUCUUGUCAGACAGUUCUGCACAAAGUUUCCCUCAACGCCUCAGAGGCCAUAAAAGAGUCCAAAGAUCAGGGAGGCGCAGAGAGGAACAAAUACGUUGAGUGGAGAGUGGUGCCCGUCCAGUCUUCUCCACCAGCAGAGCUGCACCAACACUCCCUCAGAGAACAGGAUGGAGGGCGCUACCAUCGAGAUGAAGAGUAUCCUGAAACCUGGUAGAAGAGUGAGCAUAUUGAAGGGGGGUGACAGCAGCACCACCCAGAGCAGCUCCAUCGGGGCCGUGCGCUGGAACCUGCCCGAGAAGGACGUCCAGAUUCACAGCUCGGUCCCCAACAGACCCACCGUCAGCUUCACCAAACACUCACAGCAUCAUCCUCAUCAGAAGAGCCUGAAGGAUCUCCGCAGCCUGCAGGAGUGUGUGCAGUUCAUCCAUCACUGGAAGGAGCAAGUGGACCAAGUCUGCAAGCAGGGCACUGGGGAUCCAGGAGAGGGCACCAGUAAGACAGAAGCCCAGUGUUCAGACCGGCGUGCUGAGCGCAGUCUUGAGGAGAGCAGGAAACUGAUCCUGGAGUGGGCUGACGAACUCCACCAUGUCGACAAGCUCCUGAAGGAGAUGCCCUCAGAAUCCAAGAGUGAAGAAAAUGAAAAUAAAAACGCCAAUGAGGCGGCACAGAUGAGGAUUAUGGAGUGGGCGAAGGAGCUGCAAAUGGCGACUGAGAAUUGUGGUGUGCAGAGCGACGAGCUGGGUAAAGUGUUGCGCUCCCUGGGCCUGAAGAAGAAACGUCUGGUCAACCUGCUGCCCCUGCUGGAGUUUAUCACCUGGUCUCUGCUCAAAGAAGACAGCACGAAAAUGAUUCCACAGAUGUGGUUACUGGCAAAGCAAAGGACCUGGAAAGCAGGAAUUCCAAGAUACAUCCCCAACUCAGUUUGGAGCUGGAUUUGCAGCGCAGAAGCUGAUGUGAUUCUGGACCCCAUGACCAACCACCCCUGGCUGCAGCUGUCAGAGAACCAGCGUAUGGUCCAAGAAGGCCGCUCAGAGGCCGACCUGCCUUACAGCUCCCAGCGCUUUGACAGCUGGCCCUGCGUGCUGGGCUGGGAGGGCUACAGCAGCCGCCGCCACUACUGGGAGGUAGACAUAGCCAACAAGGGCUGCUGGCGCAUAGGACUGACCACCGCCAACUCCAAGCGUCACGGCCGGUGCCCCAUGACCCCAAACCAGGGCUACUGGACCCUGUGGCGCAGCGCAAACCAGUUCUACGCAUGCACCAAGGAGGAGACUACACUGCCCAUCAGCCUCGUGCCUCAACGUAUGGGAGUCUACCUGGACUACGAAGAGGGCCAGAUCUCCUUCUACAACGCAGAAACAAAGUCCCACAUCUACACCUUCACUGGAAACUUCAAAGGCAAGCUGUAUCCUCUGUUCGCCCCGCUGGAUGGUCGCACACGCUUAACAAUCAAGCAUACAAAUAUUGAAAUAGAUGAGCUUUAACGACUCUUAUCGGA